AUGUCAAAAAUUUCAGUAAGACCCUCUCUGAGCAGCAGGUGUGGAGCAGGGUUUGUGUGCUGUUCCUGUCCUGUCCUCCUGUGUUUCCCAUCUAAUUUGAGCCUGUGUUGUGUGUGUUUUCUGUGCAGGUGGUAUCACGCGUCUCUGUCCCGCAGUCAGGCGGAAAACAUGCUGAUGAGAGUCCCGCGUGACGGUGCUUUCCUCGUUAGGAAGAGAACAGAAGUCAACUCUUUCGCCAUUUCCUUCCGGGCGGAGGGCAAGAUAAAGCACUGCCGCGUGCAGCAGGAGGGACAGACGGUGGUUUUGGGCACCUCAGAGUUUGACAGUUUAGUAGAUUUAAUCAGUUACUACGAGAAACAUCCACUGUACCGUAAGAUGAAGCUACGCUACCCCAUCAACGAGGAAACACUGGAGAAGAUUGGCACUGCUGAGCCUGAUUAUGGAUCUCUGUAUGAGGGCCGUAACCCUGGAUUCUAUGUGGAAGCCAAUCAGAUGCCCACGUUUAAGUGCACAGUACGAGCCAUGUAUGAAUACAAAGCCCAGCGCGAUGAUGAACUUUCCUUCAGUAAGAAUGCCAUCAUUCAGAACGUGGACAAACAGGAAGGACUCUCGUGGAAGGGAGACUAUGGCGGGAAGAAGCAGCUGUGGUUCCCUGCGAAUUACGUGGAGGAAAUCAGCCCGACGGCCGUGGAGCCUGACAGAUCAGCCACAGAGAACAGUCCUCUGGGAGAUCUCCUGAGAGGAAGUGUGGACGUGUCUUCCUGUCAGAUCGUGGUCAGGCCUGAAGGGAAGGGCAGCAGACAGUUUGUCUUCUCUUUGGUGCCUGUGGCUUCGCCUCGCACCGGCCCGGUGCUGGACAUCGCAGCCAGUUCACAGGAGGAGCUGAAGGACUGGGUGGUGAAGAUCCGCGAGGUCACCAUGACCUCUGAAGCCAAGCUUGAGGAGGGUAAAAUGAUGGAAAGAAGAAAGAAGAUUGCUCUAGAGCUGUCAGACCUGGUCAUCUACUGCCGACCGGUUCCUUUCGAUGAAGACAAAAUCGGGACAGAGCGGGCCUGUUUCCGGGACAUGUCCUCGUUCCCCGAGACCAAAGCGGAGAAGUAUGUGAACCGUAUCAAAGGAAAGAAGUUCCUGCAGUACAACCGGCUGCAGCUCUCGCGGAUCUACCCUCGCGGUCAGCGCCUGGACUCGUCCAACUACGACCCGUUACCCAUGUGGCUGUGUGGCAGUCAGCUGGUGGCCCUUAACUUCCAGACCGCAGAUAAGCCCAUGCAGAUGAAUCAGGCGCUCUUCAUGCUGAACGGCAGGAGCGGUUACGUGCUGCAGCCGCCCAUCAUGAGAGACGACAGCUUCGACCCGUUUGACCGGCACUCUCUGAGAGGACUGGAGGCCAUCACGCUCUGCAUAGAGGUUUUGGGAGCGCGCCACCUGCCCAAACACGGUCGAGGUAUCGUUUGCCCUCUCAUCGAGAUCGAAGUUUGUGGAGCAGAAUAUGACAACGCCAAGCAGAGGACUGACUCUGAAGCGGACAACGGUCUGAAACCCACCUGGCCCAGAAAACCCUUCCGAUUCACUGUGUGCAAUCCUUCCUUUGCCUUCCUGCGCUUCGUGGUCUAUGAAAUCGACAUGUUCAACGACCAGAACUUUCUCGCCCAGGCAACGUUCCCCAUCAACUGCCUCAAAACAGGCUACCGGUCGGUCCCGCUGAAGAACAGCUACAGUGAGGAUCUGGAGUUGGCGUCUCUGCUGGUGCACAUGGACAUCGUCAGAGGAAGGCAUGAGAACGGCGAGAUGCUGAGUCCGUUCUCGGCGGCGGGGGCCAUGGCCAUGCAGGUGGGCCGGGAGCGGAUGGGGGACACCAGCUCCGUCUCCUCCGCGUCCUCCAUGUCCCCCGUGCCCUCGUCUCCGGGCCAGGCGCUGGGAUAUCGCGGGCGGGAGGGCUCGAUCGAGGCCCGCUACCAGUCUCCGCUGGAGGACUUCAGAGUGUCACAGGAGGGGCUGAUGGAUCACGAGAACAGGAGGCUCCGCAGGGCUCGCGUCAGCGCCGACAACCGAGCGUAACCCGAGCGUGCGACGGACGGACGCAAGGCCAGCAACAAGGGUCCCACAGAGCUGAUGAUGUCAAGGACUGCAUUGAAACCCGCUUCUGUGGAAAUCGUCAUCGCCAGCGUUUUCGGACAGAUCUCCCCUCUCUCUGCGACUCUCUCCCGCUCCGGGCCGCGCGGGGCGUGAACGAAGCUGCGGCUCACGGACAGAAACAAACAAUUAUCUGCUUAGCUACAAUCUGAACCUGCGGCGGACGGGACGGGGGUCUUCUGAUGCAGAGCGAGAAUCGGGGACAAGGCCAAUGUUUCAAAACUGAGUGGGGGCUGUAUCAUUCAUCACUUUGAAACCGAUUCCAGGUUAACAUUUAUGGAGUAAUAAUGCUUUUUCUGUACUCUAUCUCUCUGGCUUCUAUAUAUAAAUAUAUAAAUGUGUGUGCGUGCCCCAUUUUGCUGUCGAUUAGAAAAGCGUUGCAGCUGAUCUGCUCUCAAAGAGCCUCUCACUCCAGAUUUUUAUUUCAUUUCAGAUUGAUUAUUUUUUAUUAUUUAAACAUCUGUUUCAUAAUGUUAAUUGUUUUUUUCUAUACGAGUUUGUUUUAACAUGAGGGCUUGGCCUUUUUAAAUUGUGUUUCUCGCAUUCUUGCGCUUUCUCUUUCCUCUGUCCGAGUUGAUGGACUAAACUGUUUGACACGUCCCAGGAUGCUCUUGUGUUUUUGUUUUUUUUAGACAGGCACGUGGCAGUAUGGGAGAUCUCAUUGAAGCAGUCGCUGUCUGAGCAUCAGGAAGACAUUCUUCGACCUUUAACAACCUUUAUUUUUUUUAAACAAAGUUACGACGUUAUCAAGUGACCAGAGAGCAAUAUCACUCUCCUUGUUUUAUGUUUUGCCAGUCUGCACGGGUGGACUUUAAUUCACAAACCGCUCCGGUGGGGUUUUCAGGCUAUGGGAGCAACAGAAACGUUGUGUAUUUAGUUUACAGGACUUCGACCAUCUCAUUUCAGAACGUUUUAUUCCUCCAACACCAUUUCUGUGAUUUAUCGUUUCCCGUUUCUCCACAUUUUAGCAAUUGAGAAGUCUUGUUCCUGAAGGCUUUUUAUUAUGUUUUGUCCUAUCAGAUCAAAAUAGGGAGGACAUUUUAUGUAUGAUUUAGUAGCGUGUUAACCAUGAUGUCUGUUUAAAGAAAGCCAAAGGUAGACUCUGCAGGUGGUUUAUACAAAAAAUUGGGACCAAAAUAAGUCCGUCUCAGUUCAUUGGGUCAGUAGAACACCCUGAACGUUGAAUAAUUCUGAAAAUAUUAUGGAUAUGUUUUUUUGUUUUUUUUUCUUCUGUGGACAGGAGUAAGGGGGCAUUUUGGUCAGUCUUUCUUUAGAUGUAUACCUUGUGCCAAGCUGUCAUUUAGUUUUGUGUUAUGCCAUAGUAUUGCCCUAAUACAGAUUGUCAUUGAUUGAUAAACAGGCUAAGACUGCUAAACCUCAGUUUUUACAGUUGAUGUACAGUAAAAACAAGGCCAUAUUUAUUGUAGCUCUGAUACGUUUCAUGCAGUUCUCGUUUGGCCAGCAGAGGUUCAGAUGUUACCGAACUGCACAAAUACACAUGCCAUCUAGUUCUGAGAAUCAGUUAGUGUCUAACAGCCAUACGAGAAGCCAUUGCGAUGCUGUUGCAUUAUUUUUCCAUUACUGAUGCUUUACCUUGCUCUCCGUUUUACCAUGGGGUCCAGGUGUGUUUUAAUGGAGCAGGGUGACCAUGGAGAACCUGUUUGCCGUUUUUUCCCCUCUUUUUUGCCUUGUGGCUGCUAUGUUAUGGCAGUAUUGUCACAGUAUUUAUUUGGUUCUGUGCAUGACAGCUCAGACUCUGAAAGAUGCUCCAGAAUUUACUCCUCAAUUUCCCCAGACUGGGCAUAUACAGGAAUGCUAACUAAUUUGAAAAUUGUAAACAAGGGGCAUUUUAACAUGGAGGGAUGUGCAAUUCAAGCAACCAGCUUGCGCCUUUGGAUGCAUGCAUAAAUUAUGUCAUUCCUCUCUUUUUCUAGUGUAUAGCAAAUUGCAUCAUGCAAUCUAGAAAUAUUACAGAACGACACAGGGACCAUAAUCACUUCCUAAGCUUUGAGAGGAAAAGACGAGGCCAAAGUCCUUCAGAGGGAAUUCGCUCAAGUUCCCUUACAUUUAUUCCUAAUUAGCCAACAUUCCCUCAAUUUGUUUUCAGUGUUAAUCCCUUUCCUUGUACUUCUGUAGCCCUUCUCCAGUCUGUAAAUUCGUUUCUGCUGUUUUCUUGCAUCAUCUUUCAUGUGCCUUGGUGUCAUACAUAUAUACAUCAACGAAAGAUUCCCUGUUGGACAUGUAUGCCAUUUUCUAUGCUUUCUUGCGUCGGCGUUUUGUUACCAAUGUUCUUAUUUACAAACCAAGCCUUUUCUGUAAUGUGCCUAUGCUAUAUUGGAGGAAGUAUACGUUUUAAUUUAGCUUUUCAUAUGAAACAUAAUCAAGCCUGAGAAUAAAGUACUUAUUCAACAAUGAAAA